CUGGGGUGGCAGCAGGCUUCUGGUCACGUGACGAACAGAAAAGGUGCGCUUCAAAUAUACACCGUCGUGUACGCUCGGGCGGGGAAAUGGGCGCGUUCAGUUCACCCACGAAUGUAUUCUUUUUACAUUAGAUACGUUAUUCGGCACUUUGAGAUGUUUUUGACAUGGUGGGAAUUUUGUGAAGUCAAAUUUAAAGGGGAGGGCGGGGAGGAAUCGCUUAAUAUAGUCCCGCCCCUGGCUUUGCUGUAACGGCACGUCCCGGUGCACAAAAGAAGUAGCACGGUUACAAAGCCAACGUAGAAGGGAAAAAAGCAAACGUGACGACGUGGUAUCUUCGCGGAAGGAAACAAAUAACCAACCGGACUACAUUAAGUAUGAAUAUACAUGUUUUAUUGUAGGGAAGAGUAACAAAAAAAGAACAACUCCGUGUUAGCUCCUCCUUGUGGGCGACAAGGCAAAAAAAGGGGGCUAGCUCGGGAAGCUAAUGGUUAGCUUUGCUCGAGGAAGCUGCGCACGACGCCUCCACCACACGCCAAAUGGCUGCACGCUGGCUCUGCAGGUAAGAACCGCCACAAAUGUGUGCUCAAAAGCUGGGUUAACGACGUUUAUCGGCUCCGUAAAUAAACAAAAAAAAAACAAGCUUUUACAGCAAACGGGUGUCGCUUUGUUGCAGUUCAAAAUGUCAUAUGUGCGUGUGCUGUCUGCCUUCCGUGACGUGGCUUUGUGGGCGGGGCCUCAGCAGUGGUGCUGAUGCUGAGCACAGCUGCGUCGCUCCCUAUUUAAAAAAAAAAAAAAAGGAACACCUUUUGUGUUUUGUUUUUUAGUGCUCGUUUUCGAACCCCCUCGCUAACAUCGCCCAGCUCCACCUGAUGGGAAGGCGGUCCAGUUAAAGAUGUGCGCCAAUGUGUUCGGAGUGUUGAAGAGCCUCUUCGGGAAGCCCUUUGAUGGUGGGAAGAGGAUGGAUCAUGGGGGGCCCCAGCAGCAGCAGCAGCAGCCUGCGGAGCAGCAGCACCCCGCCAUGAUGCGUCUGUACGAGGUGCGCAAGGAGGUCACCUCCCUGGGGCCUCAGGUGUGCACCUUCAGCGGCCUGCAGAACGACCGCGACUACAAGCGUCUGGAGCGCGAGCUGACGCGCCUGCUGCUGGAGGUGGACCAGGUGGCCACGGAGGGCAAAGCCGAGCUCCAGGGCGAGCGCAAGCGGGCGGCGCAGGAUGUGGAGGGACUCCUGCGCUACCUGGAAGAGAACGCCACGCACCCGUCCCGCCUGGCCAUGGAGGAACUGAGCGACGAGGCGCGGCGGCUGGUGGACGAGCGCGUGGUGGCGCCGCAGCGCUCGGGCGGCGUGGCAGAGAUGGACGACGAGCUGGUGGAGCUGCUGCAGCAGCUGGUGCUGAGGCUCACGCAGGUGAAGACGGAGGGCCGGGUGCCGCUGCGCAAGGCCCGCUACCGGGCGCUGACGCGGCUGUGCGCCGUGCAGGAGGUGAUGGAGGGCCGCACCCAGCGGCAGACCCUCUCGCUGCCGCUCUCGGGCGAGACCCACGCCGCCGUGGACUGCAUCAAUGAGGUGAUGGCCAAGGUGAGCGUGGCGCGCAGCCAGCUGGUGGCGCUGCUGAUGGGCCUGAGCGGCCGGGACAGCUGCGCUCACCUCUCGCGCCUCCUGAUGGAGAUGCAGGUGGAGCUGGACGCCCUGGACGUGUCCGGGCACGCCGCCAUCAGGAACUACCGCAAACAAGUGGUGGAGGAGAUCAACGGCCUGCUGAAGCACUUGGACCUGGAGGGAGAGGGAGAAGACACGCGCAGGUACGACCUGGCUCAGAACAACUCCAUCCGCGAGAUCGAGGCGGUGCGCGCUCACGUGUCGCACCUGCGCGAGGGCGUCCUGCGCCACUGCUUGAUGGGCGAGCUGGGCUUCAGGCCCAAAGCCGAGCUGCAGAGCCUCCUCACGCACCUGGACCAGGUGGACACGGCCAAGAACCCCUGCAUCCGCGAGGCCCGCCGCCGCGCCGUGUUGGAGGUCCAGGCCGUGGUCACCUUCCUGGACCUCCGCGAGACCCUGCUGUCCCGCCAGCCGGGCCCCGGCGAGCAGCCGGCGAACCGGGCCGUGUGGCUGGUCCUCGGCAGCCUGUCGGACCUCCAGGCCCAGGUGCUGGGCUUCGACGGCAAGCGCGCCGACAAGAGCUACAUGGUGCUGGAGGAGCUGCUCACCAAGCAGCUGCUGGCGCUAGACGCCGUGGACCCGCAGGGCGACGAGGGCACCAAGGUGGCGCGCAAGCAUGCGGUCAAGAUCGCCCAGCACAUUCUCAACUAUCUGGACAUGAAGACGGACGAAUGGGAGUACUGACCCGUGGGAAUCCAACUCCCAGAAUGCACUGCGGCACUGCUUUCUUUCCCCUUGUCCAACCUGCUGUCUUUGAAACACUGUGCGUUUUGUAGGUUGUGCGUGUUUGUCGUCAUCGUGGAAAAGUAAGAAUGUGUGUGUGUGUGUGUAUAUAUAUAUAUAUAUAUAUAUAUAUAUAAAUACAUACAUACAU